GUCGCCGAGGCUGAAGCGACGGCCUGGAAGAGACCCCGCGUUGUGUGAGCGCGACAGCCGAGGUGGGGAGAUCCGCGAGGAUGCGGUGAUUCGCCGCCGCUGCCACACGCCGGGCCAAAGCAGAGGUAGUCUGGAAGAUGGCAGGAACGGAGGAAGAGUUUGGACUGGCGGCCACACCGGGAGAUUCACCUCCAAAACAACUGAGCCCCGAAGACAAGGCAGAUGGGCAAUUGGGGGGCACCAGUAGCAAGCAGCCGGCCUCGCCGCAGCCAGCCUUUACCCAGCAGGUCAGUAACUGGGAAGGCUGAACCGUCAAUGCCUGGAAGAUUAUAUGUCCAUCCAGACUCACCGGCUACUGGGGCCCAUUGGAUGAGACAGCUGGUUUCCUUUCAAAAGCUCAAGUUGACCAAUAAUCAUCUCGACCCAUUCGGCCAUAUCACCCAACUCAAGAUUGAAAACAAUCCCUUCGCAAAAGGAUUUAGAGGCAGUGACGAUAUGGAAUUGCACAGAAUGUCUCGAGUGCAAAGCAAGGAGUACCCGGUUGUCCCCAGAAGCACAAUCCGGCAGAAAGUGUCUUCUAACCACAGUCCCUUCAGUGGCGAAGGCAGAGCUCUCUCGGCUUCCUCUAACCUUGGAUCCCAGUUUCAGUGUGAGAACGGUGUCUCUAGCACUUCCCAGGACUUAUUACCACCUGCGAACCCGUAUCCUGUAUCUCAGGAUCAUGGGCAAGUUUACCACUGCACCAAGAGACAAGAUGACGAAUGCUCCACAGCGGAGCUCCCUUACAAGAAGCCCUACAUGGAAACCUCCCCAGCAGAAGAAGAAGCCUUCUACCACCGCUCCAACUACCCCCAGCAGCAAGGACUGAACAGCGCCUACAGGACUGAGUCCGCUCAGCGCCAAGCCUGCAUGUAUGCCAGCGCAGCCCCAGCCCCGGAAGCGGUGCCCAGCUUGGAGGACCUCAGCUGCAACACCUGGUCCACCAUGUCCUCCUACAGCAGCUGCACAGUCACUCCUAUGCAACCUAUCGACAGGUUGCCUUACCAACAUUUUUCAGCUCAUUUCACCUCGGGCUCCCUGAUGCCCCGCCUUGCCACCGUGGCCGCUCACCCCUCGCCCCAACUCGGGGACACCCAUGCCAUGUUCCAGCACCAGACCUCCGUUCCUCACCAGCCCCUCGUCCGGCAACAAGCCGGCAUCCAGUCUCCUCCUGGGAACUUACAGCCAGCCGAGUUCCUCUAUGCCCACGGGAUGCCCAGGACACUUUCCCCGCAUCAGUACCACUCUGUCCACGGGGUGGGCAUGACCGCAGAAUGGAGCGAGAGCAGCUAA